CUGACUUUUCAAACAUUAUUCUCUCACAAGAGUCUGUCACCAUCAGGACUGCUCAGUCCCUGCUACUGUGAGCACAGGAAGAACAGCGAGGAACAUUUUUUUAACCCUUUUUAAAAUUCCCUUUACAUCAAGUGUGUCCAGGAUGGGAACCUGCUGCUUCUAUUUACAUCUGGAAGUCUACUGAUGCACCUGUUGAUUGAGGGAAAACUCUGUGUUUAACAAUGAACAAAGUUGCUGUGAUGAAGUCUGACACUCUGCUUCAUUUGGAGGACAACAGGAGAGUAGAAGAGAGGAGCAGACUGGACUGUGUAGACUUACCUCAGAGCAGUUUAACAGAUGGGGACAACACAGACCUGCUGCGAUGCCAGGACACCACUGAAAACAGCUCUCCUAUCAAGUACAAAAGAUAUGGGUCUCGUCUGGGUGGGGUCAAAGUUCGCCACAAGAGACAGGUGCUGCAGGACAUGGCCCGGCCACUGAAACAUUGGCUGUACAAACACCGGGACAACCCUUACCCCACCAAGACGGAGAAGGUCCUGCUGGCCCUGGGCUCACAUAUGACACUAGUGCAGGUUUCGAACUGGUUUGCAAACGCCCGGCGGAGGCUGAAGAAUACAGUGAGACAGCCAGACCUGAGCUGGGCACUAAGGAUCAAACUGUACAAUAAAUACAUCCAGGGAAACGCUGAGCGACUGAGCGUGUGUAGUGAUGACACUGACUCUGAUGAUGAAGAAUGCCCCUUACAAACUCCUAUCAGCCAAUCAGACUUUGGCAGGUCAUCUUCCCACAAGAGCGUGCUCCAGAAACAACGCAGUGUCCUCGCCAUGGCAGACUCCGCCAACAGUGACGACAGUGCUUCGCCUCCAUCCAAGUACAAAAGCAGUUUACUGAACCGGUACCUGAACGACACCCUGCGACACAUGAUGGCGGCGAAGGCUGAAGCCGUCACCUCGUCCCGCAAGAGGAGGAGCCACUCUGAGUCGUUCAGCUCCAAUGAAUGUGAUCGAGAUGUCGUCUCCCCGGCUUCGUCCUAUGAGACUGAGGCCAACUUUGUCUACCACAUGGAUACAAUGGACUAUCCUUCAACUAAAUGUGACAGGGACCAGCAGCAGGACCGAGGCCAGCAGAGACGAGCCGGUCAGGGCUGGAGGGAGAUCCACGCCGCCGUGGCUCUGACCAACUUGGCGCAGGGGCAGAGCUGCACAGCCGACCAGAGCGGUGUGACCGUGCCCAGCGCUGGCACAACGCAGAGCUGCACCAGAGAGCCCUUCUCAGUAACGAGGACCACUAUCAUGGACAGGAUGUGUGUCACAGGACCCACCUCUGCUCUGAGGCAGAGCUGCACCGCGGGGCCCGCUCUCACCAGCCGCAUCAUCCAGAAGUCCUCUCAUAUCUCUGAAGUCCAGACUGUUAACGUGGCUCUGGCAAACAGUGUGUAGGCAUUUGAUUUAAGCAUCUGGUCCUAGCACAUCAUUCCCUAUAGGAAUACCAGAUGCUUAAGUGCCUUGCAAUAUAUGUACAGCCUCUGUUAUUUUGUAAUGCUGAUAAACUCAUUUUUUGUAAUGUAAAAUGGAAAAACUGACCUUACACAGUUGAAUAUUUUCUACUGUUUUUGCCAUGUUUCUAAUGUCUUCCUAUUGCCGUCUGUUGCAGUAAGUUAUAUUAACUUCCACGAGACUGGAUUAUCAUCCAAUGCUUAAGUUUGACAGCAGCUAUUUGAAUAA